AUGCUUCCCACAAGAAUACUGAGGGCAGCCCAGGGCGGCAAGGCCAACAUUACCGGCUUCAGCAUGCGCGCCUUCAAAGAGGCUGCCGGCAAGGCCCGUUACGACCCUUGGGAGAGAGCGUACGUCACCGACCCCCAAAGAACCUCCGUUUCCGAACGAACCAAAACUCGAGUAUCGCAAUGGAACGAACAGGUUGCUAACAUGAUUGGCUUUGCCACGGAUAGUGAUGCUUGGAGAUUUCAGGGCCCCUUUACGCGCUUCAACCGGUUCCGCGGCACUCUACCCGGUCUCGGCACGGCCACGGUCCUUUUUGCCGGAUACUGCACAUACGAGCACUUUUUCAUGCAAGACGAGCACCACCACGGUGACGAAGCACACCACUAA